AUGGACUGUCUUUCAGAGAUCUUCUCUUCCAAGAAAAUCAAAGAUCAUGAUCAACAACAAUUGAUUCAGAUUCCCUCUACUCCAUGCCAACCACAUCAUCAAGAUCUGGCUUCAAAUGGUCCUAAUUAUAAAAGGAAGAGGUCGAUAAGUGAUCAUAAAGAAAGAGAUUCUUUAACCAGAAAGAAUUCGGUUCAGAAGAGAGUUUUGCAUAGAGAUGUUGAAAGGCAUAGAAGACAAGAAAUGUCUAAUCUUUAUGCUACUCUUAGAUCACAUCUUCCUUAUGAAUCUAUCAAGGGAAAACGUUCAUUACCAGAUGACAUGCAAGAAGCAGUGAAUUACAUCAAAAACUUAGAGAAUAAUAUCAAAGAACUUGAAAUAAAGAGAAAAAAACUUGAAGAUUUGGCCUUGUGUUCUUCCAAAGAGGAUAAACAUUUUGGUGAUUAUGUGACAAUAAACUUAUGUGAUUGUGGUGUGGAGAUUUUGAUCAAUGAAAAGGUUCCCCUCUCAAGAGUACUUGAAGAGCUAGUGAAGAGACAACUCAAUGUUGUUAAUUGUGUCUCAACCAAAGUAGAUGAAAGAUUUCUCCAUAGGAUUCAACUUGAGGAGGGUGAUGUUUCAUGCAUGUGCAUGGAUGGUCUAGAACAAAAGCUUGCAGAGAUGAUUGUGUUCCACUCUUGA